UUGGCCCAUUGAAAGUCGAGCUAUUUCUUAGGAUUAGGGUUUCAGGCUUGUCCUCUCUUAAUUUCUUUGACUUUGCCCGCAGCACAUCCGCGCCACACUCUCCAGGAAGCUCAUCAACCAUGGCGGAACAGACCGAGAAAGCAUUUUUGAAGCAGCCCAAAGUGUUUUUAAGCUCUAAGAAAACUGGUAAAGGGAAGAGACCAGGAAAGGGAGGGAACCGCUUCUGGAAGAGCAUUGGUUUGGGAUUCAAGACCCCUCGUGAAGCUAUUGAAGGAACUUACAUCGAUAAGAAAUGCCCUUUCACUGGCCCUGUUUCAGUCAGGGGCCGCAUCUUAGCUGGUACUUGCCAUAGUGCCAAGAUGAUGAGGACAAUCAUUGUUCGACGGAACUAUCUUCAUUAUAUCAAGAAAUACCAAAGGUACGAGAAGAGGCAUUCAAACAUUCCUGCUCACAUUUCUCCAUGCUUCCGUGUGAAGGAAGGGGAUCAUGUCAUUAUUGGUCAAUGCAGGCCAUUGUCUAAGACUGUGAGGUUCAAUGUUUUGAAAGUGAUUCCUGCUGGGUCUUCCGGUGGUGGGAAAAAAGCUUUCACUGGAAUGUAAGGGCGUGAGUGUUAUUUAAAAAAAAAAAAAAUGUUUUGGGGUUUUAGAAACCUAUGAAGAAGGCACUAAGAUUUUGAUGAACUGACUACACAUGGAAUUUUCAAUAUAUUUCCAAUUAUUAUUAUUAUUGUAAUGAUCUUGAAGUAUAUGGUAUUUGUUAUUGGUUGGAAGGUUUA